AUGAAAAAUCACAAAUCAAAACGCAAUGGAAAAGAAAGAACGAGACCAGUUUCAAGAUUGAUGAUGAUUCUGUUUUGUAUUCAACUAAUUCAAACAAGCAGAAUCGGUCUUGUGGAGGGCUUCUGUCCAAGAGUGGUUGCCACUAUUCAGUCGAAAGCUUCACUGAAUCAACGAUUCACAAUAACUCUCUCUGCUUCCAAUCCAUCCUUUGACAGCAUAGAAUCAUCCUCAUCUGCUAGCGGAGUCGAUCACAACGCUGACAAGGCAGCUGCAGUCUCCUAUUCCAAUGCAGCCGAAUGGCAUCGACAACGACGAAAGCAAAUGAUUCAAAAAUAUGGUGACCAGAUUCUACCCUUGGAACAACAGACAUCCUCCUACAACCUUGGAAUACCACUCUUGCUGGUAGGAAAUCUCAUUCUGAUGGGUCUCUCCCUACAAGCUGCGAAACUACCCAUCAAAUGGGUAUUUGGUCUGGCACUCUUCCCCGGGUCCAUUCUUUCCUUAUGGCAGCUACAAAUUCUACACGAUGGUUUGCAUGGAUCGUUGUUUCCAAUAAGACAACAUCACAAGAGCAAGAUAUGGGGAUUUUGGGGACGCAAGCAAUGGCAAGACAUGGUUUUGUUUUGGGGAAGCAUGCCAUCGGUCUUUGGUUAUUAUUUGUACCUCAAAUUUGGACACUUGGCCCAUCAUGUCAAUUUGGGAGACGCCCAAAAAGUCUCGUUGGCCAAGCUAUUUGAUUCCAAUCAAACCAACUUUGAAGAUGGGGAUAUCCUGUUUGUCUCGCAUAGGAUGAAGUUGUUGGGCAAGAUUGGGCCAACGUUUUCUGGAAAGCUUCCCUCCAUUUUCAAUUUUAGAAGAAGCAGAGACGAUCCGAAUGACAGAAACGAGGAACGGCAAUAUUCCAUCACCAUGAGCUUGAGUCGGACUGGAUUUGACAAUUGGAAAACUGGGAAGGCCAUUCGAAAUAUUGGUAUCUUUGCCACUUCCUUUUUGUUUGAACGACUGAUGCUAGUCAUCAACGAUGCGGCCGUCUCUCUUUCAGGAUUCAAUGCCUUUUUCCCAAACAAGCCCAAGUCCUUCCAUGACGAAUGUGCCAAGUAUGCCCGGUGUGCCACUUUACUGCGACUAGGUCUCUGGUGGUUGGGAAGCUGGAAAUCACUACUCUUCCUAUACUUGUCGGAAACCCUUUGGUCCAUUCCACCGCACCCAGCAUCGGCAAUGUUUGUCACCAACCAUCCUUCCAUCAUGAACAAACAAGAUAGUAGUAGUAGUACUACUACUAGCGAUGAGUGGUCGUGUACACCAUCGCAAUCGACAUAUCUGGGGCGUUGGUACUCGCUCCUGACGUUGGGUACCAACUAUCAUUGCGAGCACCAUGAUUUUCCAACGAUACCACUACACAAGCUAUCCUUGUUGCAUCAGAUUGCACCCGAAUUCUAUCCAAAAUCUAAUGAAUCAUCAUCAUCAGCAUCAACAUCAGCAUCAUCAUCUCGCAACAGUUUGCGGAAGAUCUGGAAAAAGAGCUUUGCGGAUCCCGAUUACUAUGCUUGCAUGAAUAGCAAUAUAAUUGUUUAG